CGCGCAAUGGGAAGGCGCUUCUUGAGCGAAGAAAGGUUGGUUACCUUCAUCGCUGAAAUCGAAGCGAUUGCCAAUUUCAGGCCACUCACUAAAGUAAAGAAAGGUCCAGUGGAAGUUUUGCGUCCAAUUGACUUUAUUAAUCCUUUGGCAAGAAUUGGAAAUCCUUUAGAAGAAACUGGAGAAGAUGAGGAUUAUCAGAUAAACAUCAGACUGCCGACGAAAGAGGGACUAAUGGAUGGUUAG